UCACCUCUCACUUGUCCUGUGGUUUACCGGUCAUUUUCUCAGACCUGUGUAUUUCCUCUUCUUGACCUGCGAUGAGUCUAUUGCAACAGGACUGGCUUUGCUCAGUGUCAAAUUCAAGAAGGUGUGGAACCUGAUUAAAAAGACAGAACUAUGUAAACUCAAGUUCAGACCUGACGCGGCUGCAUUCCUUCAACAGCGUAAAGGCUCUCACAGCGUCUCCUAGAUGGCGUACUCCACCGGCACCAUCGCACAGGGCUGUUUUGGGAAGGUGUACAAGGAGAAGUACAAUGAUACCUGGGCUGCUGUUAAGAAAGUCCCCCAACACCUCAUCAGCAGGAAAGACCUGGAGAGAGAGUGUGAUGUGUACAAUAAAGCAAAUCAUCCCAACAUAGUGAAGCUUCUGGGCAACAUAACUCUUAGAGAUGGAAAAUGGAUCAUUCCACUAGAGUUUAUCUUUGGAGAGGACUUAGAGACCACCAUCUUCAAGGCAUCAAAGUCUAAAAUACAGUUGACUCCAGCUAAUAAAGGCACCAUCAUCGUCGGCAUGUGUGAAGGGCUGCUUCUUCUCCACUCCAAAGAUAUCGUCCAUCAAGACCUCAAGCCUGAAAACAUCAUGGUGGAGCAUAACACAAACAGAGCAGUAAUUAUUGACCUGGGACUGGCAAAGUUCUUCAGACGUGGUCUAAACUCUGCAGUGGACAUGGGGAAUGAGGCUUACUCGGCUCCCGAGGUGCUGCAGAGGUGCAGCCAGCGAGAUCAGCGUUCAGACGUCUGGGCCAUGGGCAAAAUCAUUGCUGAGCUCUGUGCCCGGAUUCGUCUGUACACACCCAGUGUCUGUCCUGAAAAGAUCGAGGAAGUCCUAAAGGACCAGCCAUACUGCCGCGCAGUGUGCAGAAUGGUAGAGCAAGACCCGUCUCUGAGGGCCUCCAUGGGUGGGGUCAUGAGUGAUAUCCGAAGAGCUGCAAGUGCAGGCAUUGUCACGGACAUACCCGUUCAAAAAGAGCACCUUAAGCCACCUCUACCACACACGAAUGUCAGAAGGCAGUCUCCAUCACCACUAAACAGAGACGCAGCUCCACUAAUCAGGGACAUAUCACCAAUGAAUCGAGGUCCAUCUCCAGUAAUCAGGGACCCGUCGCCAAUAAACCAUGCUUUUCCACCGAACAAGGAUCCAUUUCCAUUAAACAAGUUUGGCAAAAAUCAGUUACCUAUAAAUAGGCCUCCAGGGGGGCUAUUUGAGCGUUCCCCCAGGCCAGAGAUAAAAGCUUUGCCUCGAACUGCACUGCUCCUUCCUCCUUCCCCUCAGAGGCCUGAUGACAAGAACAAAUAUCAGGAUCUGGCGCCAAAAGGUGGAGCAGACGUUGCAGAGGACUUAAUGAAAAUGAAGUUGUUACGUGAAGCUGCAAAGGAUCUUCCUUGCAACCUGCCAACGACAGGCAGGGUGGUGGUGCGGCGUUUUGAGGAGAAAAAUGGAGAGAUGGGAACAUGGGAGCAGACGGAGGUGGUGACUCGCGAUGGAAAAAUAGUCAAGUUUGAUGACGUCAAGUUUAACAGCAAAUAAAAUCAUCUAGGAGAUAAUUGUUGCAUGUUCUGCAGAAAGGUUCUGUCACUAACUUAACUUUUGGUAUCUUUUUUUUUUCUUUUUUUACUUUUUUUUUCUUUUUCCCACUGAUCUCUAAGAAUAAACUGAGUUUACUGAGACUUGAUGUGCACGAGCUGCUUAUUGUGAACAGCAAAGAGAAAGAUCAUGGAAACAUGACUUUUGCAUUUAAUGUAUAAUUAUGUGUAUAAAUCAAUUCUGAACUGUUAGUUUCAAUUGUAAACAUCAAUUUUGGGGGGUUUUGGUAUGUGUUUUGCUCACUGUUUAUAUAAAUCUAUUUUUUAAAAUAGAAAAGUUAAGCAAGUAAUUAAACUAACACUAAAGUCAAUGGCAAAAAACAAAAGUAGUUACUUUUUAAGCUAACAAUGUGAGAAUACAUGCAGACUAUGACGCAAUAAAGUAUUUACUGAAUUAACUCCACUGUGGGAGGGUUUACAGUAAGACCUGUGAGUUAUUUGCUCUGGGCUGUGAUUAUCUCUGAUUAAAAAAACAAACAUUUAGAAACAUUUUUUGUUGGCUAAACGUUGAAAAUAUGCGAAGGUGACUUUUGUUAUGUAUUAGUUGUAGACGUGAAAUGUGUUUGAAUUUUUUUAAUAAAUAAGUGACUGUUCGAAUGAUGAGCAGGAAAUAUAGGUGUGGCAUAUGAAUGUGUCAGUGACAGUGGUGUGUUGAAGCUGUGAGGUUUAUUCACUAUCAGUAUUUCUGCUACAUAUUUUUUUUUUUUUACCAGUUAAUGACUUUAAACAUCAGAAAACAGAAAACAUGCAACUGUGCUGUGUGUCAGAGCCUGCUGGGUCUGAUAAUCAGUCCAAAGAAAUUCAAAUUCGCUGUUGAGUAAGACGAGUAACCAACAAAUGAUUAAUUUAUGAAAUUUGAUGAUAAUUAUGCCUCAGGAUUUCUCGUUACACUGUUCAUUACAGGUCUAAUUGAACAAAGGUCAUAUGUUGUUGCUCCACAUGCGUUAUAUAAAAACCGGAAGAACCUGUUGUAUUGUUUUUUCUUUCAUUACUGCUGCAGUAACAAAUUUUCCACUCAUGUAGCUGUA